UUGUAACCAUACUCAUAAACUUAUAUGUAUAAAUUUGGCACUAUUACCUGGCAUAGAAUUUGCUUGGCCUUAUUAUUAGAAUGGGCUACAGUGUAGCAUUUUAUAUUAGUUUAUGUGUUAAUUUUAAUGAGUAUUAGGUACUAAGAGUGUAUAUUGUGUUUGUUUUUCUUCUAACUAUGAUAUGAUAACAGGCCUUAUUAAAAGACUGCAAUUGGGGCGGCACCUCUGUCUCAGUGAGUAGGGCGCCAGCCCCAUAUACUGAGGGUGGCAGGUUCAAACCUGGCCCCAGCCAAACUGCAACAACAACAACAAAAUAGCCGAAUGUUGUGGCAGAUGCCUGUAGUCCCAGCUUCUCGGAAGGCUGAGGCAAGAGAAUCACCUAAGCCCAAGGGCUGGAGGUUGCUGUGAGCUGUGAUGCCACAGCACUAUACCAAGGGCUACAAAGUGAGACUCUGUCUCUUAAAAAAAAAAAAAAACUGCAAUUGGGUGGCGCCUGUAGCUCAAGCGGCUAAGGUGCCAGCCACAUAACACCAGAGUUGGCGGGUUCUAAUCCGGCCCGGGCCUGCCAAACAGUGACAACUACAACCAAAAAAUAGCCAGGCAUUGUGGCGGGUGCCUGUAGUCCCAGAUACUUGGGAGGCUAAGGCAAGAGAAUCGCUUACGCUCAGGAGUUGGAGGUUGCUGUGAGCUGUGACAACAGGGCAAUCUACUCAGGGUGAUAGCUUGAGGCUCUGUCUCAAAAAAAAAAAAAAAAAAGACUGCAAUUAUAGAUUGUUGAAGGAAUUGUUCUACAACGUGCGUAUAUAUAAAACAACCUUUUUUCUGAUUAAAAGAACAGUACAUGGUUAUUGUAGUUAUUUACAAUGUGUAAAAUACACAGAAAGAUGGUUUUUAGAUGGCUUAUGUUGGAUAUACUGUAAUAGUUUUCUUAGAGGUCAUAGUUAGCAUCUUCCUUUUUAUUUUUGGCUGUAUCCUUCACCCACCACCAGAAGUAUCUUGAUAAUAAAGAGUAGUUAAAAACAAAGUAGUAGAUAAACACUAGUAGUAGAUAAAACCUGUUUAAGCAGGUUGUGUUGUGCCUGGCUUCAGGUUUAUAGCAUAUAAGGUAGACUGGAGAACUAUUAAAGAUUUCUUAUAAAAAUCUGUAAGAUGGGCCGGGCGAAGUGGCUCACACCUAUAAUCCUAGCACUCUGGGAGGCCAGCGUGGGAACAGCCUGAGCCGGAGUGAGACCCUGUCUCUAAAAAUAGCCAGGCAUUGUGGCAGGUACCUGCAGUCCCAGCUACCUAGAAGGCUGAGGCAAGAGGAUCACUUGAGCCCAAGAGUUUGAGGUUGCUGUGAGCUAUGAUGUCAUGGCACUCAACCCCAGGGCGACUAAGCGAGACUAUCACAAAAAAAAAAAAAAUCUGUGAUACAAAUUACUGAAUAAUGGCCUAUUUCAACUAGGCAAUAUGUGUUUUUAAUGGUUGUUGGAUCUAAGAGACUUCCUUUAAGAACAGGUAGUAUAGUAAAACAGGGCAGACACCACUUCUUCCCAGCAUUUAAUUGUCUUUCUGUUUGUAAUUUUAAUUCAGCUUCCAAAUUCUGAACAGUUUUAUGAAUUUCUUUGAAAAGAAUUAAAAUUAUUUGAAAAUGAAGACAAGUUAUAGAAAAGUAUAUUGUCUAGCAUUUGCCCUCCAUAAAGGACUUCUUAUUUUAAUGCAGUCUAGUGAAAAUGACAUUUUCGGUAACAGUUUUUGAGAAAAAAGUUACUCUAAAAUGAUAGUGUUAUGGUAAAAAUAUUUCUAUAAAGAUGUAAGUUUAGGGAGGCGCCUGUGGCUCAAAGGGGUAGGGUGCCAGCCCCAUAUGCCAGAGGUGGUGAGUUCAAACCCAGCCCCGGCCAAAAACUGCAAAAAAAAAACAAAAAGAGAUGUAAGUUUAUUUUGUACUUGAUAGUUUUCUUCUUUUGGUUGAGUUUACUAAUAGUUAUUGACUUUUAAGAAAGUCUCUAGAUUGUUUCUAGAAGUUAAAAUAAUAGGAGCAAUGUUGUAACUAGGAAUUAGUUGAGAGGACUUUUAACCUUGGACGAUUUCAUGAAGAAAUGUAUUCAGAUUUAGAGUUUCCUCAGAUGAAAAGAGAAGAAAGACAAAAGAGGUUAGGCAUUUGUUGUAAGACCUUUGAUAGUAAAAAGCUAAGCUUCUUUUAAAAUAUGCUGAUAGCUUUCAGAAAAAAAGACAUGCUAUCAUACCUUAACUCUCCGUUACUACUACAGAACUGCGGUUUAUUUAAAGAUACUACCAAUUUACCUUAUUUAUUUUAAGAUUUUUUUUUUUAUUUCUAUACCUAGUAUAAUUAAAGGUUUUCCUUUUACAGAGUAAAGCCUUCUUAUAUGUGCGUUUAACAAAAGUUGUUGUGGUGUUCAUAGAUAAUGUUUUAGCUACUGCUAUUCAACAGUAGCAUAAAUGAACAUUAUGCCAGAGGGUCUGUUUUAUAGAAGGGAAAGCCAAAGGGGGGAGGGUGUUCUUAUCAGUUUAAUGAACCACCCUGUGAAACUUAAAUUUCAAGCAAAUUAGCAAUACCUUUUUGUGUUUUUCAUAGUGAAUAUGCUGCUUUUAUAGAGUUUCAAUGAAAGAAAAACCCCAAAUUGCUCUGUGUGCUUCAGUCAUCCAGCAAGGAAUUUUUAAGGGUUAUCUGAGGUAUAGUGAAAGACUUACUCUAGAUAGCUAAAUGGGAGUGUUUGGUAUUGGACAGAAAGGUAGCUGUGUAUUUCAGUUUUAUUUUCAUCUUUGUUUAGACCUAGUGGCAUUAGUACAGUUCUUGGUAAGUCUUUUGAUAGUAAACUUGAAGUAAAGGAAGUCUUAAGGAUGUUUUUAGGCUCAGCGCCUAUAGCUCAGCGGCUAGAGCACCAGCCACAUACACUGGAAAUGGUGGGUUUGAACCUGGCCUGGGCCUGCCAAACAACAAUGAGAACUACAACCAAAAAAAUAGCUGGGUGUUGUGUCAGGCGCCUGUAGUCCCAGCUACUUGGGAGGCUGAGGCAAGAGAAUUGCUUAAGCCUGAGAGUUUGAGGUUGCUGUGAGCUGUGACACUCUGUCUCCAAAAAAAAAAAAAGAAGAAGGAAAGGUGUUUUUAAAAGUUGUGCAAUAGUAUUAUGCGUAAAUGAAAAUUGAUGUGAAAGUGGAUAAUUAUUUACAGUAAUAAUCAAGGCUUAAAUGGUGCAUCCUGUUUUGAUCAUAAUUAUAUCUGUCAAAUUAAAAAACAAGCUUUUGGUGUGGUGGUUUCUGCAUGUAGUCCUAGCACUGUGGGAUGCCAAAGUGGGAGGACCCCUUGAGCUUCAGGUGUUCAAGACCAGCCUGAGCAAGACCUAGACUCCAUCUCUACUAAAAAUAAAAAAAUUAGCUGGGCAUUGUGGAGGCUAAGGUAGGAAGAUCACUUGAACCCAGUUCGAGGUUGCUGUGAGCUAGGCUCUCUAGCCUGGGCAGCAGAAUAAGACUCUGUCUCAAAACACCUACACAAACUUUAAAUCAGUUAUAAAUUAUAUUAUUUGGAAAGCUUUUACUCAUUUAGCUUUUUCAGAAACUAGUCAGUUUUCUGAUACAGGAUAUAAUAACUGAGGGAAGUACAAGAAUACAUUAAAUGUAUAAAAUACAUAAACUACGAACAAAAGAGGUAUAUCAAAGAUAAAGAUCAUGAUAUGAAUUUUGUGACUUGGACAUUGUGAUGUUUUGUGGAUAAUAGAGAAUUUUUAGCAAAAUGCAUUAUUUUUAGCAAAAAUGCAUUAUUUCAGGAAUUAAGCCAAGGGGAAUUUUCUUGUAAGAAUUUUCUUCUUUCCCUUGGUUUUUUCAGUAUGCUUGUUUGUCUUCAGAACAGAUUAUUUCUGGUUAAGUCAGAGUGAGGAAAGAUAGUGAUCAAACAAAAUUGGGAGAAGGUGUAGUAAAUUUUACCUUUUUUUUUUUAGCUUUGGAGUGUAUGCUAUAAUGUACCAGUUCAGAUAGGUGUGUACAAAUAUUUCAGCCUGGAAUGUUUUGCUUCAACUGUAUAUUAAUUUCUUAGCAUGACUUAGUAAGAGCUUAUUUUAAGAAUCUCCAAAUUAUAGAGGAAAUUUAACAUUUAGAUGGGGGGGAACUAUAGUUAAUGUUAGAUUUAUAUUUGAAUUAAAUAUAUUAAAAUUGUUUACAUUUUAGGAACUAGAAUGAAAUAUGAAACGGGAGGAGGGUGAAGAGUAUGGUAAAAAAACAUUUAGAGAAAUUCAGUGAACUCUGUUAGAAACUAGACUUUUAAACAAUUUUAAAGACUAUAAAAUUGGUUUUUUAAAAAUAAAGUAGUUAUUUGCACUUUACCUGCUGGCUUUUCCAUUUGGUAGAUAACAUUCUGAACUCCAGCAGAGUUUUAUAAUCCCCACGUGCUUAAAUAUACUAAAUGUUCUUUUUCCAUUAAGGUUAAUGUUCGUGAAGAAAUUGAAGAGUUUUUUCCAAGAAUGUGGAAGAUAAAUCAAGAUAAAAGAAGGCUAAUGAAAAGUAUUAAAGAUCAGAAAAUUAAAAUUGAAUGGGGGAAAAAAUUGAACAGAAGAUUGGUCAGAUAGAAGCACUUGAAUAUUUUUUUAAGGCUAUUUUGAAUUGUUUGAAUUGGGGAAGAAUACACGAAGUAUGAAAAAUGAAAAACUCAAUGAAGAAUGAAGAGAAGUAGAAAGCAAGAGUGAAGUAGAAUUAAAAGAAUCUGGAAGAAUGAAUGGGUCCUAGGUUAAGUAAAUGUAUGGUUUAUGUUCCAGUGUCUGUAUGAUCAAGUUGUAGAUGAAUUUGCAUGAUUACUUAGUUAAUAGAGAAUUGGUGAUCUGGUGCAAGUAGGGAAUUAUUGAGGACAGUUAGCAGUAUUAACGAUGGGUUAUUAAUGAGCUGAAAUUUUUUUCUGGAGGGUGUUGCCUAACCAUUUGUUUUUCAGGAGCAAUCAAUAUAAAUAAUUACGGUACUUUAAAUGUUAGGUGUUAGGCAUCUACGUGACCAGUGCCAUUUGUAAUACUGUCUUCUUUGUUAGGAGUCUCGCUCUCAGUCAAAAUCUCCAACGGGAACUCCUGCUCGUGUAAAAUCGGAGAGCAGGUCAGGAUCUCGUAGUCCAUCAAGGGUUUCGAAACACUCUGAAUCCCAUUCUCGAUCAAGAUCAAAAUCCAGGUCAAGGUCAAGGAGGCAUUCUCAUAGACGUUACACUCGAUCCAGAUCCCACUCUCACUCUCACAGGAGACGAUCUCGGAGUAGGUCAUAUACACCAGAAUACCGGCGGCGAAGGAGCCGAAGUCAUUCUCCAAUGUCUAACCGGAGAAGACAUACAGGCAGCAGGGCAAAUCCAGAUCCAAACACAUGUCUUGGAGUGUUUGGCCUCAGUUUGUAUACAACAGAGAGAGAUCUUCGUGAAGUGUUUUCUCGAUAUGGACCCUUAAGUGGUGUCAAUGUGGUUUAUGAUCAGCGAACUGGACGAUCUCGAGGAUUUGCUUUUGUGUAUUUUGAGAGAAUAGAUGAUUCAAAAGAGGCUAUGGAAAGGGCAAAUGGAAUGGAGCUGGAUGGCAGAAGAAUUCGUGUGGAUUAUUCUAUCACCAAGAGAGCGCACACACCUACACCUGGCAUCUAUAUGGGCAGACCGACUCAUAGUGGUGGCGGCGGCGGUGGUGGAGGUGGUGGUGGUGGUGGUGGUGGUGGAGGUGGUGGCAGACGUCGAGAUUCUUACUAUGACAGAGGAUAUGAUCGUGGAUAUGACAGAUAUGAAGACUAUGAUUACCGGUACAGAAGAAGAUCACCUUCUCCUUACUAUAGUCGAUAUAGAUCACGAUCAAGAUCUCGUUCCUACAGUCCAAGGCGCUAUUGAUAACAGAAUGUUGCAGUUAAGGACAUUUUUUCUCUGUAUUUUAUUUUUUCUGUCUUUUUUUGUGUAAUUCUGGAUUUCCCCACACUUCUGAUACUUCCGCUCCUUAAGACGAGCCCUUAAAACAAAUCUGUGGUUUAUUUAGCAUCUACACUUUUGGUUGUGUUGCUGUUUUCCACUCUUUUUAUUAUACUCUUAAAGAUGUAAUUGUCAUUUUGAGUAGUUAAACAUCUUGAGUAAAAAAGGAAUCCCCGUGUUAACACUUUGUAAAUGAUUUUUCUUUGCUUUUAUGAAGUUAAACUCCUAGCUAAUCAAAUGAGGAAAGAAAUGAUCUUUUAAAAGCUUCUUUUGUGUUAGAUACUGUAUUAGAGAUCUACAUUCUAUGACGAACUCCUUUUUAACUUUCUUUUGGGGAAGUUGGUAACACACAAACUAGUUCAGUCAUGUCAGGUUUGUCUGGGGUGGCGUGGAGCAAACAGUUGAGUUUAGAAAGUUUGAAGCUAUAGAAGAAAACACUUGGAUAUUUCUUUGGAAGAACGGAAUUUUUGAACCUUAAAUUAAGUCAUUUUUCAGAGAUGAAAAGCUUGUGGACUCCUGCAUAAAACAUGUAUUUGAAACACAUCUGUUAAACCUUAAAAACUUAAAAGUGUGAUUUUGUGUUAAACUUAUCGAAGUUAAAGUAUUCCCUUAAUCAGUGAAGAACAACCCUUAUUUAUUACCUAGAGCAAGUGUAUAAUUUGCUGUUAGAAAUUUUGGUAUUGGGACAAUGGCUAAGCAAGUUAUUGCAUAGAGUCCUUAGAAGAUACUUGUGGGGAAAUGUAGUCUUUCAAAUAAAAGUUAAUUUCUU